GAGUGGUGGAAGUUAAGGAGGCUGAUCCCAUUCCCAUCCCCAUCCCCUCAGCUCCAUCUCCACUUAAUUAUAAUCAAUCAAUCAAUCAUCUCGGAACCAACUUCCAUCACAUAUCAUAUCAUAUCCUCCUCACUCCUUCUAAGCUCCUCCUCAGUCCUCGGUCCUCCCACAUUGUCUCCCGCUUCUUAUAUAUAACGGCCAAAUGUACAGUUACACUAGCUAGCUUGUAGAAGUAAUAUACUAUAUACGUUCACUUGCUAACUAUUAGUAUAUACAAGUCACAAACACCUACACACCUGCUUUGAUCGCCAUGCUCCAGACCACCGUCUUUUUUCCGUCUUCCAGAGCCCUUCCACUCAACAUCAACAACAGGAUCAUCUUCUCACGCGGACGGGGAUUUGGAUGGGGACGGGGGUCUGUGCGUCCUAACAGCAGCACUAGUGGAAGUAGUGACACCGCAUCCGCAUCCCAAUGGAGCAUAAAACCUGUCUUUGAAGAUGGUAUUCUCAGUGUCAAUGGUAACGAUGUGUUGACACACGUGCCUGACAAUGUGGUUGUCACACCAUUGACCGACUCAUCCGCAUUCGUCGGUGCCACUUCUGAAACUGCUUCUUCACGCCAUGUUUUUAAGCUUGGACUCGUACGGGAUGUCAGAUUACUAAGUCUUUUUAGAUUUAAACUUUGGUGGAUGAUACCAAGAGUGGGCAAUACAGGAAGUGACAUCCCAGUUGAAACUCAGAUGUUGCUCCUGCAAGCAAAGUCAGCCGAAGAAGCUACUCCUCCUAAUUAUAUCUUAUUCUUGCCAGUUCUAGAUGGUGAAUUUAGAAGCAGCUUGCAGGGGAAUUCAUCGAAUGAACUUGAGUUUUGUGUCGAAAGUGGUGACCCAGCUAUCGUUACCUCCCAAUCCCCAAAAGCAGUUUUUGUGAAUUGUGGGAACCAUCCUUUCGAUCUGAUGAAGGAAUCUAUGAAGAUUUUGGAGAAGCAUUUUGGAACUUUCUCUCUCAGAGAAUCCAAACAGAUGCCUGGAAUGCUAGAUUGCUUUGGCUGGUGUACCUGGGAUGCCUUUUAUCAAGGGGUUAAUCCUCAAGGAAUCAGAGAUGGCCUGAAAAGUUUAUCAGAGGGAGGUACUCCAGCGAAGUUUUUGAUAAUUGACGAUGGAUGGCAAGAUACAUCAAAUGAGUUCCAAAUAGAAGGGGAGCCAUUUGUUGACGGAUCACAGUUUGGUGGUAGAUUAAAUAGCAUUCAAGAAAAUAACAAGUUUCGUAGGACAACUAAUAAAGAGGGUGAAAGUGAGACGCCAAGUAGUCUCAAGGAUUUUGUAUCUGAAAUCAAGGGGACUUUUGGUCUUAAGUACGUCUAUGUGUGGCAUGCCCUGUUGGGAUACUGGGGAGGGCUUCUUCCAAAUGCUCUUGGAACUAAAAAGUACAAUCCUGAGCUAAGAUACCCAGUGCAGUCACCUGGGAAUUUGGCAAAUAUGAGGGACUUAGCUAUGGAUUGCAUGGAGAAAUAUGGUGUUGGUACAAUAGAUCCUGCAAAGGUGUAUCAGUUUUAUGAUGAUCUACACGGUUAUCUUGUUUCACAAAACGUGGAUGGGGUUAAGGUUGAUGUUCAGAACAUACUGGAGACGAUAUCAGCUGAUUUAGGAGGGCGAGUAUCUCUGACCAGACAGUUCCAACAGGCACUGGAGAAGUCCAUAGCCACCCACUUCCAAGACAACAGCAUCAUCUGCUGCAUGGGCCAAAGCACGGACUCCAUUUACCAUUCAAAAAGAAGUGCUAUUACUCGAGCAUCUGACGAUUACUACCCGAAAAACCCAACAACACAGACACUGCACAUAGCUGCUGUGGCUUUCAACAGCAUAUUCCUUGGUGAAGUUGUUCUCCCAGAUUGGGACAUGUUCUAUAGCCGUCAUGAAGCAGCUGAGUUCCAUGCUGCUGCUAGAGCUGUGGGAGGAUGCGGAGUCUAUGUUAGUGACAAACCCGGCCAUCAUGAUUUCGAGAUACUUAAAAGGCUUGUACUUCCUGAUGGAUCAAUUCUGCGAGCUAGAUUCCCCGGGAGGCCAUCACGGGAUUGUUUAUUUGUUGACCCCGUUACAGAUGGGAAGAGCCUUCUAAAGAUAUGGAAUUUGAACAAAUACAAUGGAGUUUUAGGCAUUUUCAAUUGCCAAGGAGCAGGGAACUGGCCUUGUCUAGAACAAGUUGUUCCCGUAGAAGUUAGUGCCGAAGUGUCUGGGAAGGUGACCCCUGCAGAUAUUGAGUAUUUCGACGAGGUUUCUGGCAAGCUGUGGACAGGAGAUUGUGCGGUCUAUUCCUUCGCAAAAGGGCGUCUGUCUCGGUUACCAAAGGACAAGUCAUUUGACGUUGCAUUAAGAGUUCUCCAAUGCGAUGUCUUUACUGUAUCUCCUAUUAAGGUUUACAAGCAAAACGUUGAAUUUGCAGCGAUUGGAUUAUUGAACAUGUACAAUUCCGGGGGAGCUGUUGAAGCAGUUGAGUGCUUUAGUCAUAACUCUAGCAGUGAAAUACACAUUAAGGGAAGAGGAGGAGGUAGCUUUGGAGCUUACUCUAGUUUAAAGCCCAAAGCUUGCUCAGUGAACUCCAAAGACGAAGAGGAAUUUGAAUUUAGAGAAGAAGUCGACAAUCUUUUAAAAGUAACAGUUCCUGCCACAACUAGUUGGAAAAUUGUUCUACUUUAUUGAUUCAGAUUUAAGUAUUUUAGUUUAGACGGAUUCAAAUUUAAUAAUCUUAGACAGUCUUAGCUUGAAUAAUAUAUUUGAAUUCGUAUGUAUGUGAAAAAAAUAAAAUAAAAAGCGAUACCUGAAUUCGUGUG